UGAAACUCGAGUGACUUGGGUUGCGUUCAAAAGCACACAGGACCAAAACCCAAGUGAACGACGGACGCCGGAGGUCAACGAAGCUAAGGAGGUACCAUGUCGUUCGCAGCUACGAUGAAGAAUAUCGCCAACACCAACAUGCCUGCGGGCAUGGCGGAACUGGCCAAGAAGAUGCGUGGCGAAGGCAACGACUCCAAGUUCUUUACGUCGAGCAAGAAAGGCGAGACGCACGAACUGCGCACGGAACUAGCUGACCAAAGCCGAGACAAGAAGAAGGACGCGGUGAAGAAGGUCAUUGCCAACAUGACCGUCGGCAAGGACGUGUCCAUGUUGUUCACAGACGUAGUGAACUGCAUCCAAACGGCCGACACACAGCUCAAGAAGCUCGUGUAUUUGUACCUGAUCAACUACGCCAAGAGCAACCCCGACUUGACCAUUCUCGCCGUCAACACGUUUGUCAAGGAUGCCAACGACCCCAACCCGUUGAUCCGCGCCUUGUCUGUCCGCACCAUGGGCUGCAUUCGCGUUGACCGCAUCACCGAAUAUUUAUGCGAGCCCCUGCGCAAGUGCUUGACCGACGAAGACCCAUACGUCCGCAAGACCGCCGCGAUCUGCGUCGCCAAGCUCUACGACAUCAACCCGGAGCUCGUGGACGAACAAGGAUUCUUGGACAUGCUUCGCGAGUUGAUCUCGGACUCGAACCCGACUGUCGUCGCCAACGCCGUCGCCGCCUUGUCCGAAAUCGCCGACAACGGCGGCCACCAGCAUUUCAAGAUCACCAAGUCGGUGCUGCAGAAGCUGCUGGCGGCGCUCAACGAGUGCAAUGAAUGGGGUCAGGUGUUUGUGCUGGACGCGCUCGCGAAUUACGUGCCGGCCGACUCUCGCGAAGCCGAAGGCAUCAUCGAGCGCGUGACCCCGCGGCUGCAGCAUGCCAACUCGGCGGUCGUGCUUUCCGCAGUUAAAGUCAUCAUGAAGUUCUUGGAGAAAGUGACCAACGCCGACACGGAGCGCACGCUGUCGCGCAAGAUGGCGCCGCCGCUCGUGACGCUCUUGUCCACCGAGCCAGAGAUCCAAUACGUGGCGCUGCGGAACAUCAACCUGAUUGUGCAAAAGAGACCGAGCAUCUUGUCGAGCGAAAUCAAAGUGUUCUUCUGCAAGUACAACGACCCGAUCUACGUCAAGAUGGAGAAGCUCGAGAUUAUCAUUCGGUUGGUGUCGGAGCGCAACGUGGACCAGGUGCUGCUCGAGUUCAAGGAAUACGCGACCGAGGUGGAUGUGGACUUCGUGCGGCGCAGCGUCCGCGCGAUCGGGCGGUGCGCCAUCAAGCUCAACAACGCCGCGGAGAAGUGCAUCAACGUCCUGCUCGAGCUGAUCCAGACCAAGGUCAACUACAUCGUGCAGGAAGCGAUCAUUGUGAUCAAAGACAUCUUCCGCAAGUACCCCAACCAGUACGAAAGCAUCAUUGCGACCUUGUGCGAGAACUUGGACACGCUCGACGAGCCCGAGGCCAAAGCUUCGAUGGUGUGGAUCAUUGGCGAGUACGCCGAGCGCAUCGACAACGCGGACGAGCUGCUCCAGUCGUUUCUGGACGCGUUCGAAGACGAGACGGCGCUCGUGCAGCUGCAGUUGCUCACGGCCACGGUCAAGCUGUUCCUGAAGCGGCCGAAUGAGACGCAGGCCAUGGUGCAGGCCGUGCUCAAGAAGGCGACCGAAGAGAGCGACAACCCCGACCUCCGAGACCGCGGGUACGUGUACUGGCGCCUCCUGAGCGCCAACCCCGACGCCGCCAAGGCCGUGGUGCUCGCCGAGAAGCCCGUGAUCAGCGACGACACGUUCACGCUCGAGCCGGCGCUGCUGGACGACCUCAUCGGCAAGAUUUCGACGCUGGCGAGUGUCUACCACAAGCUCCCAAGUGCGUUUGUCGUGCGCUCCAACAUUGCCGAGAUUCAAAAGCAAAACGAACAAGAGGCCGCCGACACGGAAGGCGACGAGCGGUACGACGACGCCGAGACGUCGGACGGCGGGGCACCUGGCGGCGGCGCGGUGGAUCUGUUGGACAUGGGCGGAAUGUCUGUGGGAGGAGCUCCUCCCGCCCCGACAACCAGUGCGGGUGGCCUAGACAUCUUUGGCGCGCCGGUAGCUGUGGCUCCGGCUCCUGUGGCCAAGAAACAACUGACCAACGCCCAGACCGGCAAGGGGCUCGUGAUCCAUGGGGCGUACACCCGCCGACAGGGGGCGUUCUCGUUGGAUUUGGACGUGGAGAACCAGUCGAGCACAACCGUCCCGGGCGUGGCCAUCCAGCUCAACAAGAGCACGUUCGGCGUGGUGCCGACGCAGCCGCAAGUCAACUUUGCCACGCCGCUCGCGCCCGGCCAGCGCGCGUCCGUGAGCAUCCCCAUGACGGUGAGUCCGCAGUUUGUGAACGCGACCGUGGCGCCCCACACGGUCGUCCAAGUGGCGCUCAAGAACCUCGGGUCGGGCGACGUCUUGUACUUUUCCACGGACAUCGACGUGAGUGUGCUCUUGACCGAGGGCGGCCUCGUGGACAAAGCCGACUUUAUCACCCUGUGGAAGGGCAUUGCCGACGCCAACGAGACGUACUUUGCGCUCCCUGUCAAGGCGUCGACGGCGUCCGUGGAUGCCCUCGCGGCAAUUUUCAAGCCGCGAAACGUGUUUUACGUGGCCAAGCGAGCGGUGGAGGGCAAGGAGAUUGGGUACUUUUCGUUCAAGACCAUGACCAACGUGUCGGCGUUCUUGGAAGUGACGUUCGACGGAGCGUCGAACGCUGCCAAUGUGUGUGUCAAGGGCGACCAAGCCGCGUUCAACCCGGUGUUUCAAAAGUUGAUCGAACAGAUUGCGUCCUAAGAAGAACGAGUAUGCAUGCAUUGCCGUACUUCGUUCAUCUAGUGUUACAUUCGUUCCUCGUCCUUUCGGUGGUCGAGAAGGAGCGAUGGGAUGGACAGACAUACAGACUGUACUACUACUACUUGCUCGCGACCUCG